AUGGACAAAAAAGAAAUGGAUGCCUUGCUGAAUGAGAUGAUUUGGUCAAGCUGGGUGGAUCCACAUGAUGCCGUGGUGAACUUCCACCGACCCGAGAUGUUCGGGAAACUGAUCUUGAAGUCAGGCCACGAGCAUGAGAGCUUUGCUGCAGCUCGCCUCCUAGGCUCCAAGGUGCUUCGAGUCCUGCGCUCACCAAAGCUGCUCUUGGAUGACUGUCCUCCAGGUUCGUUGUUGAUUCGGGUGAAGUAUGCCUCUCUGUGCGGCUCGGACUUCCCGUUCUUCCGACGGAGGCCCAGCAGUUCUUUGGGCUCCCUCUACUGGGAUCGCGAUGGAUUCUGUGGGCACGAGGCCAUCGGUGUUGUGCUGGACUCGCGUUCAGAUCGCUUCGCCAUUGGAGACGCUGUGCUGGCGCUACCCUCCUCCUAUUUUAAGGCCCAUGCUUCCAGCAGAGCGGAAUGGUUUGAUGAGAAUGUGCACAAUGUGCUUUUGGAGAACAUGCCCGUGCGAGGUGGCUUCGCAGAGAUCUUCACCAGCCACGAGCUCUACGCGUACAAGAUCUCGGAGUGUGUGCCACGAAUGCUGCUUGCUCAAGCCUUGGGGUCUUUGCUUUGCAUGCUGAGGAGACUUGGGUCGCUCAUUGGCCAGACCGUGGUGAUACUAGGGCAGGGGCAAAAUGGGUUGAUGACCACGCGACUCUUGUCUCAGAUGUGCCUAAGGCACCUCAUCGCCGUGGAGCCCCUGGAGUUCCGCCGGCGCCAGGCCCGGCGCUUCGGCGCCGGUCGGGCCGUGGCGCCCGGAGAGGCGCUGACGGCGGUGAAGGCGGUGGCGCCGAAGGGAGCAGAUCUGGUGCUGGAGAUGGUGGGACACAACCAGGAGACCAUCAAUGAAGCCUUGGACUUGGUGCGAAGUGGUGGAACGGUCGUGGCCUUUGGCGUUCCAGAUGAUCCCGUCUAUAACUUCCACUAUGGCAAGUUCUUCCGGAAGAAUGUGACACUCAUGGCCUCCGUCUUCCCGGAUCCAGGCGUCGACUUCCCCGCAGCUGUCGAGCUUUUGGAGACUGGGCGCUUUGACACCGAAGGCAUCAUCACGCACACGUUUCCACUGGUGGAGAUCCAGAAAGCCUUCACCCUGGCCACUGAGUAUCAGGAUGACGUGAUCAAGGAUGCCAUCAUCAUCGGUGCAGGUGUCAUCGGCAACUCCAUUGCCCUGGAGCUUUCCCGAAAUGGCUGGCAGAGGCCCAAGGAUGUGGAACACGGCAUGUCAAAAGACGAACAACAAGAUGAACAAGAGAAAUUGUUGCGCGUGCUUGACACGAUGCAUGACAAGAGCAGCGAGGCCUCCACAGACUUUGAGCCUUGCAAGCCUCCUGAGGAGCUCGUGGACUUCUUGAAAAAGAAGAAUUUGGAAAUGUAUGCCUCGGACAUGUGCAACCAUGAGAAUGACAACUACGGUCAAGUCGGCAUGCUGAUGGCAAUGGAGCCGGUAGAUCUCAUGGACGUGGCUGUGGACUGCAACUUUGCCAAAGAAGACCGAAAGAAAUUGGGAGAGCUUGUGAUGGAGGAACGCCACAGGAAGUUGGCCGCACCUUCGGUCGGAGGAGACCUCUUCAAUGAACUCAAGGGAAUGGAUUGCAUUCGUGUGGACCAGCGAGAGGGUUUGCAAGUGGCAUAUGUCCCUUUCAAAGAGGUGCAAGUGAAAGACUACAUGUACUCCUUCGGCGAGGGCAUUGAGCCCCGGGAGCAUCGUUGUUUGCUACGCGUGAUGGACGCGCAGAUUCCCAGAGCACAUGUUGAGGAGGAUAUCGCCAAGGAAAUGGUGGUUCUGGUGGUUGGGCAGACAGGUGCGGGCAAAAGCACGCAGAUCGAUGGGAUGCUCAAUUUCGUUCUCGGCAUCAAAUGGGAAGAGGGCAUUCGCUUCAAAGUGGUAGAUGAGCUCCAAACUGUCACCCAACAGAGCUUGCAAACAGGAGGUGCUGCCAGCCAAACCGAUGCAAUCACAGCCUACAAGAUUCCAGCUGUGAAAGGCAGCCCCGUGCAAAGCAAGGUGACCAUUGUUGACACUCCUGGCUUUGGUGAUACAAGGGGGCUGCACUUUGAUCACAAGAUUGUAGAUCAAAUGAAGAAGUUCUUCAACGACAUGUCCGACCAUGUCGAUAUCCUCACCGGUGUUUGCUUCGUGGCCCCGGCUUCAGCGGCUCGCUUGACCGAGUCGCAGCAGUAUGUGUGGAACGCGAUCCUGGGCUUGUUUGGGAAGGACAUCGCUGAGAACAUUCUGCUUUGCUUCACCUUUGCUGAUGGUGAGAAACCGCAAGCAUUGGAAGCAGUUAAAGCGGGCAACAUUCCAAUGAAAGAGUUCUUCAAGUUCAACAAUUCUGCAUUGUUCGUAGACCCCAGCAGCCCGGCAACUGAUGCUGUGAGCAAGCUGUUUUGGGACAUGGGGCAACAGAGCAUGUCAGAGUUCUUUAAUUCUUUGGCUCACAUGUCACCCAAGAGUCUACAUUUGAGCAAACAGGUUAUGGACGAACGUGAACAACUCGAAGCUUCAUUGGAAAGCUUGGGACCCCAGGUCAAAAUCACAUUGGGUAUUGUGAAUUCUUUCGUGGAACAAGCAGAGCAAUUUGCGACCUAUGAUGCCACAAUGAAGAACUCGGAAAACUUCAAAGUAACGGUGAAGGUGCCAAUGUGCCGCAAGCAUCCCACCAGCAUGAACACAACCUCAUGUACUACGUGUCAGACGACUUGCCACAAGAAUUGCAUUUUCGCCAACGACGACGACAAGGCCAGGUGCUGUGUCAUGGACCAGAACGGCCAGUGCAAAUUGUGUCCCAGAAAGUGCCAUUGGACACAACACCAAAACCAUCCAUUCAUCUACGAAUUCUAUGAAGUCGAGGAGGUCAGGACUCUUGACGACUUGAAGAACAGGUACGAUGCAGCAAACCAGGGAAAACUCGACAAGGAGAAGAUUAUGAAGGGGCUGGAGAAUGACAUGAAUCAAAGUCAACUUGCUCUUGUGGAGUUGAUUUUCAGGAUGAAACGGUGCAGAGAGCGAUUGAAUGAAAUUGCCAUGAGACCCUUCACCAUGCCUAGUGGAGAGUAUUUGCAACAAAUGAUUGAGAACGAGAAGAACAACCAGCAGCCAGGAUGGCAAAGUCGAAUCGCGGCGCUGCAUAAGUUGAAGGAACACGGUCGCUUGCUGAAAGAUGCCGAAGACCCAGAGUUUUCCACCAAUCUGCUUGCCACAGAAGGCUACACCUACUUCGAAAACUGGGAGGACCAUAUUGGCUUGAAGGACGAGCUGAGUUACGGCCUUCGAUUGCCGCAGCCACUGGGUGCAGUGCGGCUCUUUUCCUGGACGUCCAAGGCAGAUGUUGGCACGGUGCUGAUUCUGCAUGGCAUGGAAGAUGACUGGCUUGGAAACAACGGCAGUGAAGGUCUGGUUCCAGGUGGUGCAGCAGAGAUUGCCCAAUCUUUGCAUGAAAAAGGCUUCUCUGUGGUGCUGUUGGACUCCUUCUUUGAUGGUCGACGCGAACGAUUGCUUGAGGAGGGCAUUGAUCGCCGAGUUUCAGACACCUUGGCGGCCAUAGCAUUCUUGGAAUCUCGCAAUUUUCCAUCGCCCUUCCAUCUCUACGGCAAGUCCGAGGGCUCUUGGGCCGUGCUCCGUCUGCUGACGGCUCCCGAGCGUGGUGGCCGGGUGGCUUCGGAAGCCAAGUGGGCCAAGGGUUGCUUGUCCAGCUGCCUCUGCGACCUCGCAGGCGUGGAUGGCUCCGAUCCCGAGGAGGAAAGCCUGCUCGCAGCAUUGGAGAAGACGCCUCAACCACCACUGCUGCUGCUGGCCGACAUGAGCUCGAAGCAUGUGGCCCAGCGGGUGGCUGAGGCGGCGGCACAGGGAGCCAGGGCCAUUGAGGAUCGGGAGAAGCUGACACACGGCACCUGCAAAGUGGUUGGUUACGUCGGAGAGAGAGGGCAACUUCUAUGCAUCCUGCGAAGAUAUGCAUGUGAUGAUGCCAUGCACCGCUGCAGGGAUGCCAUAGAUGACCCACCCGGAGGCCUGGCGCGGCUGCGGCGCUGUGGCGCCUUGGUGCUUCGGUCUCCGCAGAGCCAGCUCUUUUUGGAGCGGGUGGUCGCCAGCCAUGAGGCGGUGGGUUUGCCCUUCGAACACUGGUCCAGUGAAGAGAUACAACAGCGCUUGGCAUUCGACAUGCAGCGCUAUGGUCCGCAGGUGCGCAUCGAUGAUGAGUCCUUUGGUGAACCGACCGGGGCUCCUCUCGGCGACGGGGUGUAUUUUCCCACCACAGGAUACGUGAGCGAUCCAAUGUUGGCAGCGUGCAAUCUGCAAGCUGCUGCUGAGGCCACGGGAAACGCGCAGUUCUCCUUUGGGCAGACCGUCACGGAGAUCUUGCAGCGGAACGGCCGUGUGGCAGGUGUCCGCUGUGGGACGGAGGAGCUCGAGGCUCCGGUGGUGGUGAACGUGGCUGGGCCACACUCGUCCCAGAUCACCGGCAUGGCACUGGGAGAGAAGCAUGACAUGACCAUCUCUACGCGACCCAUGCGCCAGGAGGUGGCCUAUGUCGCUUCUCCCCCGGAGGUUUCUUGGGAUGAUGGUGGCGAAGGGCUGGUGUGUACCGACAUGGACGCUGGCGUGUACUUUCGGCCGUUCCCUGAGCUGAACGGCCGCAGUCGGCCGCAGGACCUGGUCGUUCGGUCGUUCCAAAUCGGCGCCCAGGCCCGAAGUGGGUGGCAAGAUCUUGGUGGGGAGUGUGGAACCUUCCUGCGACGAGAACUUCCACAUCUACCCCUCAGAUCCAGAGGCGGUGUAUCCCGGCAGGGAGCUGGCAUCCUUGACAGAUCAGUGGACCAAUCAGGUCUAUCGAUUGGCCUUGCGGAUCCCUACGUUGCCGCUGCCCGAAGCAGGGAACGUUCAAGGCUGUGCGGCUUGCUACGAUGUCACGGAGGACUGGGUGCCAAUCUACGACAAGUCAGCUUUGCCAGGUUUCUACAUGGCCAUUGGCACCAGCGGAAAUCAGUUCAAGAAUGCGGGCGUGGCCGGCCGGCUGAUGCGCGAGCUCAUCGAGGCUGGGGAGUCUGGCCUCGAUACCGAUGCAAAGCCCUUGGAUUUCCAAAUGAAGAGGAUACCCUGUGGCGGCAGCAUCAGCAGCAGCACCUUUUCGCGGAAGCGAGAGCUUUUGCAGACGAGCGGUUCCGUUUUGGGGUGAAGGAAAGCUGAUAUACCCGCACCACAGAUCACGGUCACGUGCACCGAUAGAGAAUCAUAGAGAGCUUCGCAGAACCUGUGCCAGACCAAUGUGUUUGGCGCGUUAUUUUCGUCCAAUGUCGACGUUGCGCUAUGUCGCUCGUAGCUCGAUCAACUGGAAAAACACACAAACAAGUGC